AUUUCUUCAGAAGAGUGGAAGAGGAGAUACAAGAUGGAGCGCUGCAAAUGAGCAACGAUCCAAACGCUAUAAAUAGAUUGAACCAGCUGAGUGAUAUCCUCGAGACAUGCUUAUCGUAUAGUAUAGCCAAAGAGCGUCUGGCCGUUGAUGCCCUAAAUACG